UAGCUCCGUUAAACAUCAUCUGCUCUUGUUUCUCACUGUUAUUUUCCUUUUAUUUUCUUUUAUUUUUUUUAUUUGUUCUAAACUCUAUGGAGGUGACCAAAAAAUAAAAAAUUAUCAAUUUAGCUUUACUUUCUGCAAAAUUCAGAGGGUCUGUCGAGAGGAGAAGAAAGAAAGGGAAAAAAGGAAAAUAAAUCUUCAAGAAAAGUGCGUCAUGUCAGGUUUGUAUAAUCCCAACUUCUCACCUGCAAGAGCUGCUUCUCCUCAGAUUAGAAGCACUCCUGAUGUUGACAGUCAGUACUUGUCAGAGUUGUUAGCAGAGCAUCAGAAGCUUGGACCCUUUAUGCAGAUUCUCCCGAUAUGUAGCCGACUGUUAAAUCAAGAAAUUUUUCGGGUUUCGGGAAUGAUGUCCAACCAAGGAUUUGGCGAUUUUGACAGACUGCGGCAUAGAAGCCCCAGUCCCAUGGCUUCAUCAAACCUUAUGUCAAGUGUUGCUGGAACAGGUUUAGGCAGCUGGAAUGGUCUUCCACAGGAGAGAUUAAGUGGCCCCCCUGGAAUGACAAUGGACUGGCAAGGUGCACUUGCAAGCCCUAGUUCAUACACUGUGAAAAGAAUUUUGCGCUUGGAAAUUCCAGUAGAUACUUAUCCAAAUUUCAAUUUUGUUGGGCGACUUUUAGGCCCUAGAGGCAAUUCGCUGAAACGGGUGGAAGCUACGACGGGGUGCCGUGUUUAUAUUAGAGGGAAAGGGUCAAUAAAGGACCCAGACAAGGAAGAGAAGCUAAGGGGAAGACCUGGCUAUGAACAUCUGAAUGAUCCACUUCACAUAUUAAUUGAAGCUGAUUUGCCUGCCAAUAUUGUUGAUAUGAGGCUGAGACAGGCGCAAGAAAUUAUAGAAGAACUGCUCAAACCUGUGGAUGAGUCACAAGAUUUUAUCAAGAGGCAGCAAUUGCGGGAACUAGCCAUGCUUAAUUCAAAUUACCGAGAAGAGAGUCCUGGACCAAGUGGUAGUGUCUCUCCUUUCAAUACUAGUGGAAUGAAACGCGCAAAAACAGGACGCUGAGAGAUCAUAUUCAUGCCUACUUCAGCAUGUAUUGGCAUUCAUCCUGCUACAGAAUUUCAUGGUUGAGUAUAGCUUCCAAUACAUGUCAAUUCAGCACAUCUACAAAGAAUAGGCUAACAGUUAUUGCUGGUGAGCUUUCUGGUGGGGGUUUUCCUUUAUUUUUGUAUUUUUUUCCUCCCAAUAUAAAAGACAAAAAAGCAUUAUUUAAAAAAAAGGAAUUAUUUAGCUAGUUCUUGAGUUUAGGCUUGCUGAGGUCAGUUCUUAUUUUCCCCACCUUCAAUGUAAACUGUAAUAUAUUCAUUGGAUUUAUUCUUGUUGUAGAAACUUGGAAGAGUGUGAAAUAUAUCAAUGUUGUAAGGGGCUAGGUAUUAAAGACAA